GGUAACGUAAGUGAACUUGGUAACAUCAGUGAAGACCCCGGGGAGAGUUAUCUUUUCUUUUUAACGAUUCUUGGCACUUUCGUCAGGUCCGGUGCGUUUUCAAUGAUCCUUGAAAAACCAAGGGAAAGAUUUAUUUUCAUACCUGGUCGUACUCAUAACCGCAGCAGGUCUCCAAGGAUUGGCUCUAAGGAUUGGGCUCGCUGGGCCUUGGUUAGAAGGCCG